AGUUUUCCCCGGGCCUUUCACAGCACCAUUUGUGUCUGCUAGUACCGUGCAGAGAUUUUGCCUCAAUAGCGCUUUUCCCAUUAUUUUUGAAAGAAACAGAGAAAACACUUUUCCCACUAGUGUUUAGGGGAUAAUUUUUUAAACUUAUUAGAAAGGUGAUUACCGACGUAAAGGAAAAAAAGGCACAAGAGUGUGAGAAAAAGAGCGUGAAAUAGAGGAAAAGGGGCGUGAUUAAUACAGCAAAAGUGAAAAUGAAAGGACGACACCUGAGACGACGAUUCAGUCUUCAGCCGUCUUUCAUGAAAGACGACUGUGAAGACAGCAAACACAGGAGAGACAAAGUCCAUCGACACGAUACGGAAGAUUCGAUUGCCACAUCGAAUGUCCGGCACAAGAUUGUGGUGAUGGGUGCGGCAAAAGUGGGUAAAAGUUCCCUCAUCAACCAAUUCCUUUACAACAAAUACACACCAAAGUACAAGAGGACGGUGGAGGAGAUGCAUCAGGGGAAUUUUUCAGUAGCUGGUGUGGGUCUCACACUGGACAUCCUCGACACAUCCGGUGCCAAUGAGUUUCCUGCCAUGAGAGCACUCUCCAUUCAAUCAGCCGACGCCUUCAUCCUCGUGUACGACGUCACGGAUGCAAAUACCUUCUGUGAACUGAAACUUCUGCGGGACCAAAUUCACGAGACAAAGGGAACGUCUUCCGUUGCGAUGGUCGUUGUGGGUAAUAAAACGGAUCUCCUGAUUGAGGACAGCGAUCGUCGUGAGAUGAAUCGAGAAAAUACGGAAAAUGUAGUCACGAUGGAUUGGGAGAAUGGAUACGUUGAGUGCUCAGCGAAAGACAAUGAGAACGUCACGGAGAUCUUCAAGGAGCUCCUUGUUCAGGCUAAAAUCACCUAUAACCUCAGUCCAGCACUCCGUAGACGGAGACGACAGUCAUUGCCACCGCAACAGAGUGGAGCAUCUUCAUCAGGUGGCCCACCUGGGACACCACAGAGUCUCCCACCGUCAACAUCGCAUGUCCCAUCGCCGCAACAGCUGCAGCAUCUACAGCAAAUCCAGGAGCGCUCGAUAGGUGGCAAGAGGAAUUCGUGCAUCUUGUCUUAAUCCGGCUCAUGCGUUUUUGGAAGCAUGAAAGCGCACACACGAAAUCCCUUUUUAUUCACACCAACAGAAGAUAAUGAAUUUUCCAUGCGGAGAAAGUUUGCGAAAAAGUUCGUUAUGUGCAGGAAAUUAGCAAAAAAAAAACAGCUCUGGGGAGGGGUUGGAAAUAUAUAUAUAUUUGUGCUAGUCACCAUUAAUCGAUUUUCACAUAGCAUUUAACCACCAUAGACUUUCCUUGUGGGGUGUGUCGCUAAAUUAGCAAGGGGUGAAAGUAAACGAAAUUUUUGAAAUGUGAAAAUGCCAUGAAAAUAGCAUAAAAGCCCUUAAAACGAACAAAGUUUUCAUUUAAUUAUUAACAUUCCACAUUUGAUAGAAUAUUAAAUAUUUCAAUACAAAAACUUUCAUGUUGCCAAAAGCCGCAGCAAUAAUUUAUCCAUUAACGUUAAUUUAUUUUAAUAAAUAUUAAAAUGUUUUGCAAUUAAUUUUUAAUCAGACAUUAAUUAACGGACACUGUAAAAUCCAUAACAGUUCAAUGAAAUAUGGAUGAAAGAAAAUGAAAAUUUCCCUUGAAAAAAAGAGCUUUUUGCAAACUUUCUCCGAAUACAUAAAAUUCAUUUCAUUUCAUUUAGAGCAUCCGCAGGCGGAGUGUGUUAGGUUUUUAAAAAAUAUUGCAAAAUACUGCAAAAAAAAAGAAAAUAAAGUCUGGUGAAAAAAAA